GCAUCAUCAGCACCAUCAGCAUCAUCAUCAGCAUCAUCAGCAUCAUCAGCAUCAUCAGCACCAACAGCAUAAUUAGCAUCAUAAGCACCAUCAGCAGCAUCAUCAGGACCAUCAGCAUUAUCAGCACCAUCAGCAUCAUCAGCAUCAACAGCACCAACAGCAUCAUCAGCAUCAUCAGCAUUAUCAGCACCAUCAGCAUCAUCAGCAUCAUCAGCACCAUCAGCAUCAUCAGCAUCAACAGCACCAACAGCAUCAUCAGCAUCAUCAGCAUUAUCAGCAUCAGCAUCAUCAGCACCAUCAGCAUCAUCAGCAUCAUCAGCACCUUCAGCAUCAUCAGCACCAUCAACAUCAUCAGCACCAUCAGCACCAUCAGCAUCAUCAGCCCCAUCAGCAUCAACAGCACCAACAGCAUCGUCAGCAUCAUCAGCAUUAUCAGCAUCAUCAGCAUCAUCAGCGCCAUCAGCAUCAUCAGCAUCAUCAGCACCAUCAGCACCAUCAGCACCAUCAGCACCAUCAGCACCAUCAUCAGCACCAUCAGCAGCAUCAUCAGCACCAUCAGCAUCAUCAGCAUCAUCAGUUCAAGUUGUGUUCACAAAAGUUCACACGUGUGAAACUCAGCCCAAAUAA